GCCCGCCUGGAGGGGCGCGGGGAGCCGCAGCCGCGGGUGCGCCCGCCGCCCCUCGCCGCACCUCGGGGCUGUGCGCGUCGCCGACCGCCGCCGGAGCAGCUCCAACCAUGAUCAGUGCAUAAAUCUACCUUCAACGCAGGAUGCUGGAGAGGUACCAAGGGAGAGCAGCGUGCUCCUGGCUGCGUGGUGAGAAGGGAAGGAUGCACACACAGUUCCAACACCAGUGGUGACCUUCCUGCAGGACCCCCAAUGCUGUGCCCAGUGUGCCUCGCAGCCACCACACACACCAACUAGCAGACCUUCAUGACUUCAGCAGGAGCCAGCAGCAACACGCAGGCACAAAGAUAUACUAAACUGCAAGUGAACAAAAGUUGGGAUGCACAGCAGGGGGGAAACAAGCAGGGAGAAUUCUGCACUUUGCCAGCCCCCUUCCCGGCCCCGCAGGCCAGCAGCAAGCUUUGCUCCUUGCAGAAAACAAAGCCAGGGAGAGCCCAGCUCCUCUGUUUCCAUCCCUGCCCAGGGGUGGUACAAACUCACACAGGCACUGCUUCAAUCAGGAGAGCUUCUGCUGAGUCAGCUCCGCUGGAGACUUGGCCUUUCCAAAAGACCGCAGCUCUCAGAAACCUUGGCCAACAUUUUAUGGGUAAAUAUAAAAUGAAUUAGGAGGCAGGUUUUGAAAUAAAGGAUUGCUCUUGGAAUCCGGUGGUAAUCAUCAUCUCUCCUGAGAACACAGCAUCUCUCAAUCUUUGGCCAGCAGUGCGCACUCAGCAGCACCGCGCUGCCAGCGGAAGCAGUGCUGCUCUUGGACAAGCGCGUGCCUUCCCUUUUGUUUUUGCCUCUCAGGUAGCAAGAACCCUCUGAGCCAAUUGGAAAACACCUCAGGGUAAUCUCCUCACUCAGAAAAUGGUGCUUCAACUCCAUCUAAUUGUUUGGAAGGGAAGAGAUUGAGUUCACUGAUGUUUUCAGCAAGGACGUUAUCAAACAGGUUUCGUUUGGACUAUGUCAUUUCAGCAAUACCCAUGGGGCACUGCUGGGGCACUCUGCUCUGUUUGUGUUGCAAUAGGAUGGCCGAAAUAGAUGGGAAAAAAAAUAGAUCCAUUUUCAAGUCUUUUUUCACUGCAAGAAAAAUGUCGACUGGUGCCCUCAAUUUGCCACAGAGUCAUGUUUCGCUGUCGUGGAAGUUCUCACAAGACAAAGUGGCUGGGAUUCCUCCCCCCAGCAGUGAUUGCUGCAGCGUGACCUUGCUUUGGGAAAUGCAGCAACACCAAACCUCGUGUCAAAGGCACUGCAGGGACACGGAAGCACAUCGGCCUCUCCCCACGGCGAUCCCAACCCAACAGAACCCCUCUGCCUCCAAGAGCUCUGCUGCUGUUCUCUGCCCAGCUUCAGCCUCUCCGGUUUUGUCCCGGUGUCUAACCUGAUUUCUCUUGCUGUAAUUUAAGCCGAUUAUUUCUUGUCCUGUCCACCAUGGACAUAAAGAGCAGAUUAUUCUCUUCCCCUUGGCAGCAGCCUUUUAAGCACUUGAAGACUGUUAUCACAUCUCUUCUCCCAUCAUCUCUUUUAGGCUAAAUAACCCAGUUCUUUCAAUCUUUCUUUGUAGGUCAUGUCUUGUAGACCUCUGAUCAUUCUCACUGUUCCCUGCAUGCUGACUGCAGUGUUGCUGCCUCCCUUCUGACAUGAGCUGCCGACACCAAAAUUUGCUCCAGUGCAGACCUCAGAAGCACUGAAUGGCAAGAGAGAUGAUGUGGUGAGCCUGGGUAGGCCGUGCUGCUGCUCGCAUCUCCCGGGGCACUGUGCCUCUUGAUGCGACACUGAUAGCUCAUGUUCAGCUCAUGACCCUCUAUAAUUCCCAGACCUCUUUCUGAGGAACUGUUACCAAUUGCCUGCAGGCCUUUUGGGACUUUUAGGUGAAUAGGAAAAGGAAGCGAUGGAGUUUUCUGGAUGUGUUCUCCAGUGCUUGUCAGUCUCCUCUAAAUCCUCAUUUUGGUUGGUUCACGUACUCAGAAGACACUCUUGGUCGGGCUUUGAUGAGGCUGUAUAUGACACCUGGGCUGGAGCUCUUUGGUCCAUGCUGAACAGGCUUUUCCAAUGAUCUUUUCAGUUGCUGGCUCCUGCUUCCUCUUAAUUUCCAGUGUUUUAUCUCUCUCAUGCAAGUCAUUUCACGGUCUAAGACAUGCUUGUGUUAAACACAGGAUAAUCAUAAUUUUAUGCAAGAAAAAAAAAGAAUUCAUAAUUUUCUGCAGUCCACAGGGCACUGAAAAGCAGACCAGCAUGGCCAGGCCCCAACCCAGCAGCUCUGUUUGAGUGAGCUGGGUGUUUUUCCACGACCAUAUUUUUUUUUUCCUUGGAAACUGAAAAUUUCUGUUUGGAGGGACUCAGUGGUGGAAUGCUGAAGGUUGCACCCUGGGGCUUAGAGCUGAGGGCACUCAAUGUGGGGACUCCACACAGUCUCGGGGUGUUGCUGCUCAAUAGGUCACAGGGAGGAGGGGAAGGAGAGUGCCAAGCACCAGGUGAACCUCUGAGCCUGGAUCUGUGUGCAAACCCCUCCUGCUGCCUCUCCUGCUCUGGGGCUAUCCCAGCUUUGUUGCUGUGCAUGCAGCAGCUCUGGAAACCUCAGCCAUGGGCAAGGUCUCGAGGGGAGCAAAAUGCAGGUCACUGCUGGGACAGACUCUCCAGGCAAGGCAGCGCACACAAAGGUACUUGCGUGAUGAUAGUAAUUAAUGUGGACGUUGCUGGUAGUGGCAGAGCUGAUGCUUUAAGUGCAUAGAGGCAGGAAAUGAACCCCAUCAAUUUUUAAGAAGUCAGCUGUUUCCUGGGGCAGCUGUAGAGGUGGGAAGGACAGGAGCUGGGUAUCUGUGGGGCAGUGCCUGCCCAUGGCCAGCAGCUGGCAGAGGGGAAGCGCUGCCCUCCCACCCCAUAGGAUGGAGCUGCCUGUGGGAGAGGGCCCUGCAAAGCUGGAAAUAUGCUAGCAACGCUGUGUGUGGCAGUGGGUGAGAUCACUCCAUCAGAAGGUGUAUUUGCAUGGUGAUGGGUUAGGUGAGGGUCUCGGCGUUGCUGGUUGAAGCUAUUCAAUCCAUGCUUCCAGUGGGUCCCAAUUCAGCAAAACAUGUUCAGCUGUGAGUGACAGCAUUUCCACAGCAAAGCCUUCCCAUGCAGUGGAAGAACCCUUCUUGGCUGGGACCUGAGGGGUGCUCCCAUUAUUUGGGAAACAGCCCUGUUUUCCCCCAAACCCAGCAGUCUUUUGUUCCCAGUCCCCACAGGGUCAGGACAGAGACUGUCGCAGAGCGGGUGUUUUUAAUGGACUGGCUGCUCUCUUCCUUUGCAGUUCUAAUUACACUGUAUAUUUUGGAAAUAAAAACGUCCUUUUUGAUAAUAUCAGUCAGGAAAGCUCUCCAGCAUUUCCAAGUACAGAGAGGGGGAGAGGCAAGUGAUCAAAGACUAGCUGUAAUGAGCUGUCAGAGGCAAGCCCAAGGUGACUGGGGGCAGAAGGACCAUCACCACGCUGGCUCACAAUGCUCAGCCAGCUCCCUGCUCCCCAUCCCCGUUAUCUGGGGCUGUGCACCCCAAACACACAAUGCUGCUGAGAGAUACAGUCUUUGCUUGUGGGCACCAUGGUUUAAAUACACACAGCGGAGGAAGAGAUGCUUACCUUGCUGUAGCAGACAGGACGAACACACACCAAGACCAAGAGCCAGGGGUGAAAGCAUCCAGUUACUCUCAGAUUGGUGGAAGUAGUGCAAGAAUCGUCCGCUGGGAGAGGAGCAGUCUUUGCAGCAGGCAGAGAUCUAGGGCACUGAUAAGUGUAAAUCUAGGGCAUCAAAGAGCAGAGAUCUAGAUCAUCAAGGAACAGAGAGCCAGGAUGAGGAGAAUCAGAGAUGCAGGGCAUGGAGGAGCAGAGGUGUUGGUAAUCAAGGAGCUGAGAUGUAGGUAAGCAAGAAGCAGAGAUAGAGGGCACGGAGGAGCAGAGGGCGGCGAUCAAGGGCAUCAAGAAGAGUUGCUCUUGGGCACUGAGCACUGGGGAUCUGGGGCACUGAGGUGUGAGGCACGGUCCAUCUCAGAGGGACGCUGCCAGCAUCACUCACCGCUCGAUGCCAGGUGUCACGCAGGAAGGUGGAGAAGAGCCCUGGAGCUGGGUGCAGCCAUGCACGGCCUUUCACAGCGCAGCAAACAUUCAUGACCAACUCCAGAGUUUGCAGCGAGCUCACAGGGUUGCUCAGGAUGGCUGAGCCACGACAGACUGCUCCAAAGGGACAGCAGAGUGCCGUCAGCAGGUGGGAAGGAGCCAUCACCAGCAGCAGUAAACAUGACCUGCCUGAAAAAUAGAGUCACGUUAACAGUUAUUGAUCUAUAACUUUUAACCAAUUUCUUUUUUACAAUAUUGAAUUGAGUCCUAAUUUUAGCUUUUUAUGUUCGGCGCGAGGCAUACUCCAUUCCAUCAGCAAAAAACAGCCCCUGUGGGCCAAUCUGCGCCUUCCAUUGAGCUGAAUGAUAGAGGGCUGGAACAAUAUUUUUCGACAGAUCAGUUCCUGUUCAGGGUAGCAGUGGCCAUUAUGCAAAUGGAGCUAUACGAAGUUUAAAAGUCUGGAACCAUCGUAUUUCUUUAUUUCAUUAACAUCAACGCAAGCAGGAGAGUUAAUACGACUGAACCGUCCCAUUCCAGGGCUUGCACAGAGCCCUUCCCCCAUCACUUAACCAGAUUGGUGAUCUCCCCUCACGGGCACUCCUGGGUGCAGCUGGGAUGCUGGGGGAGAAAGGGGGAAGAGGGGAAAAAAACAAAUCAGUAAAUAGGGCCCUGUUUCCCUCUGACUCCCAGGGAUUUUGCUUCCUCCCACCUCCAAGAAGCUGUGCAAGAUCUACAUGGUGUCCUCCCCCCUGAUUCAAUGCAUUGGGCAGAGGCACCCUGGCACGCAUGCUAGAUUGAGAUUUACAGGAGAAGGCACAGAGCACGAAGAAAGCAGUGUUAACCUCUUCUCCUCCUGCUGUGGUGCUGGACACAUUUUCCCAGCUCAGCAGCAGUACGAUGAGCUGAGGUCUGAUACAAUACCAGCACUGGUGUUAUGAAGUGGAGAGAUCUGUGCUCCAGCACAUGCCCUGAUGCUCGGGCAGCAGCCACAUCUCCUCCUCCAUCACAUCAGCAUUGUAUCACUACCACAACCAUACACUGCAUAGUUAUGCACCCCCACAAGGCACAGACACGCUCACUGAAACAGCAGUUCAGAAGGAUGCGCACCCCUCUUGGUGGCCCCAUUCAGCCGAGCACAUUGGCAGCUAUCUAAUUGGUAAAGAGCUGGCUAAGGCACAGUGCUCUCACACCAGCACGGAAAUCUUGCACUGUGGGACACAAGACUUGCACUCAGCUCUUAGGGAAGGGAGUUGGCAAUACCUGGCUGGCCAUGAAAUCACCCACCCUAUGUGAUCCAGAACCUUGAGAGAAACCACCUCCUCUCUUCUAGCUGUAACUCGUUCAAAAAAGACACAAGCGUGUGCACACUCACUCACACACGUGUUUGCAUAGAUCCGGACAAAAAAAGAUCACUGUGUGCCGCGCUAAUGGAAGCCAGCACUACAACAGCUCCAUUACAAAUGGCAACGUCUUGGAGCGUUGCUGCUAAAGACUCUACCUUUCAGUGGCAAAACUUUUAAUUGAUUUUAAAAUACGCAAUCAAUCACGGUUAAUCAUGGAAUCAUGAAGAAGCUGUCGUACACAAAUAUACAAAGACAGCAUAUAAACCACAAUUAAUGACCACUUAAACAACAGUAGGAAUGAAAGUGGGAUUAUUUAUUAGCGCUCAUGCCCAGUAAUGGAUAAAGUAAUGAAGCAGUAAUGUGGGGGUGUGCCAGAAGGCAAAGAUUUGAAUUUUUAACACCAAAUGGCUGUAAGUGACAUUUUCAUGGACAGGUCAAUGCUGCACUUCAGGGCAAUCAUCCCAGAGGAAGGCGACAGCACAGCUCCAGGUAGUCCAACCAGGAUUUAGCACAAAAUACUCUUUGGCCUAAGCUGGCUUUAUGCACACCCACAGGGCAAGACACUCAAGCCACGGCCGUGUCCUCCCAGUGCAUGCACUGACACAACCCUACGCCUGCAUACUGCUUCAUGCUGCACACAGGGCCACCAUUCUGCAAGGGCAGAAGCGUGGAGUGGCACAGCAGGGUGCAGAUGCCAGGUUUGCUAGGCUUUAUCACCAGGUAGCUCCUAACAUUCAUACCUCAAGCCACAACGUUACUGCACUGCUGGAAUUUAGGGCUGGAGGUCUGAAAAGGUGCUGAUGGCAGCUCAUAGCCCAGACACACAUCUUCCCAGGGGCUCAGCAUGCUGCAGCCCUCCCUGUGAGCCCAGCCUCACCCCUCUCCUCCACCAUCUCCUUUAUUGGCUUGCGAGCUGGCCUCAGAAUGUUUUAUCACACCACAGCACAUAAUACAAAUGAAAAACAAAGGGGAAAAGUUUGAAUCUUUUUUUUUUUUAAUAUAUUCAUCCCUGUGCAAGGAACAAUGAUCCAUCUGAUUAAAUCUGCAUGCUGGAGUUUAUUAAACCAGGUUGGCCUCUCUCACUUUCUCUCUCCUUUAGGCAUGGACAAGCUCAUUAAAAUGAACACGCUUCGCUCCCUCCCCAGGGCAAUGCCACUUCACACUGUCUCUGUGCUGCUAUCUCAUAGGCAUCACCAGGAGCUGAUGGAUAGGGCCCUGCAACUCAGCCCUUGCUGGCAGCUGGCAGCAGCACAGCAGCUGAGCCUGGGUGUGACUUUCUAGCAAAGGGUAGGAGAUGCUCACAAAGUGCCUCAUAGCUACCAUGAGCGUGCAGCCAAGGGUGUGUAAGGCAAAUUCCAAUAAAAAUAGAAAUGAUGGAGUUGGGUGAUGGGAGAGCAAGGACUGCCCACCUUGCUGCAGCACCUGAUGGGCUGUUUACCUCUCCAGGGGCUCAGUUUCUCAGCUGUAGAGCUGAGUCAGAUGGCUUCUCCCAUUAGAAUAAUUAACAGGUAAGAAGUACUUUGACUCCCAUGCUAAGAAUAAAACUAUUACCAAUGCCAAGGUGUAAAAGACUGCAUCAUCUCCAUGCUGUUAGACACACCUGGGACCAGGUCCCCAAACAGGCCUCUGAGGCUGCAGGCAGCCACCUUUCCUGCUCUCCUUGGACCACCGCAGGGUCUCCAGCCUUCCCAGGCACCCUCACAGUGAGGCGUUGCCAGCAGGCCAGCAUUUGCUGCACUCCUCUUCCUCCUUGGCAGCCCUUCAGAUGCAACCUAAGUCUGUUACACCCUGGCGAUAACAGUGGCUUAGGCCAUAUAAUCCCUCCUUUACUUGACUUUGGGUUAUUUUGAGCAGGAGAUUAAGGGAGAUUAUCUGCAUCACCUGAGAUGCUACACUUUCUAUCUCUACGCCCUUCCCUCCAUCGCUGGGGCUCACCCCAGGCAGUAGAAGCCCUCCCUCCUUCCCCCAUCCUCCCAUCCUGGAGCACCGCCACGUGGUGGUGCAUCACCAGCUUCUUUUUGUGGCCCUCCUCCAGCCACCCUGCAUGCCCAGAUCCUGGGCUGGGCCUGGGGAUACUCCUCCAACAUGGGAAAAGGAAGGCAGGACACAUCAGCACACUGAAGCACUAAUUGGGAUUAUCUCUUCAUCAGCCUUCUCCUUGGGGAGAUGGUGUCAGAAAGACUCAGAAAAUGCCUUUUUGGGCAUUAGGAACUUGCAACGUGGGUCACUGGAUUUAACAGCAGCCACUUGUCUCCAUCUGCAGAGGAUUUCACAUUUAGAGCAUCCCACACCAUACAAAUCACAGCUACCUGGGAAAAGCACUGAAGCCUGCAUUUCAUGCCCAAGGAGGAAUCCCCAUCCCCUGGCAGCAGCAGCAAUGGGCAUCACCCAGCCAAUGCAGCGAGCUCCUUUCCAUGUUUUGGGGACCAUGUGCUGCUCUCCAGCUCACUUCAGCUUGGAUUUAGCAAAGCACUUUAGUGCUUAAGUGCUGGUUUGAAUUCCUCCCAAAGCCUUGCUGAAAUCAGCAGCUUUGAUGUAUCAAGGUCUAAACCAGCAGCACUACCAGCAGUGACCAUGAGAGCCAAUUCCCUUUCCUACCCGAAGGAAAGGGAGAAAUGCUUGAGGAUCCCCGGGGUGGGGAGCAGCUACCAAGAAGCAAUAGUUCCCCCAGAAAGCAAACACAUGUGGCAUCCCACCAAGACACGGGCAACCCAUGCUCACGUUCAUGGCAAGCUCACACCUUCCUGGGCUGUUUUUCCUCAUUUCAGACUACACCAGGCUCGAAUCCAUCUGCCACCCUGGAAAUUAAUAGCAAUCAUUAAACAAAAAGAGCUGGCAAAAAGAAGCCUGAGGUGAAAAGCAGCCAUUUCUGCCAGAAAAAAAAAAUUAAAACUAUUUAGACAUACAGAAAGUCAUUUAUUACUGUGAAGUCCUCCCUCCACCUGGGGUUUAAAUCUCAUUACAGUUUGUCCAAAACAGAUGUUACCCUUUUAGCAGUAGAUUAUUAACGAUAAACUCAAUUCCUCCAGAGAGGGUGGGUGUUCUGGGUUCACUUGUUUUUUCAACUUGGGUAACCUCCACAUGAAAUGUUUAUGAAAAGGACAGGCAAUCCAAGUCCUGGCAGAGCUCCCUGCUUCUAUUGUCUUGUACUCUCUGAAGUUUGCCUUUUUACUCACCACAUCUUUUGUAGGUCUACAAAUGAGAAGGGAAAACGCAGUGGCUCAGACUGUGACCACAGACACUGCUGAGGAGCAGGCAUGAUGCUGAGGAAGGGCUUUCACAUGCCACAAGCCCUGCCAAUGCACCAACAGCUUCUUCUGCUGCCCCUCCACCAGCAGUUAGGCAUUAACUAUGGUCAAGCCGCAACAGCAUCUCUUUGGAGCACAGCUUAUAUACAUAACUAAUUUCCCCACAGUUCUCUGCUUCUACCCACACGUUUUUGGGUAAGGCCAUUUGCUGGGUUCGAGGCCUGCUGACACCACAUAGGAGACCCAAUGGUCACUCUUGCCUGUGGCUGAGCAUCCUCUAUAGAUAACAAUGGGCUUUGCUUAUUCCCAUGAGUGCAUGGGCAUGCUUCAGCAGCAGAUCAGCUAACACCCAGUUUCACCAGUCAAGCCCCCAGUAGAGCUGUAUCGUUGUUCUGUUUAGAUUUAACAUAAACCUGCUGGGGAACCUAGAAGCCACAUUAACCAUGUUGUAAACACAAUCAGAUGAAACAUUAAUAACAGCUCCACACGAAUACAGCCAUCUGGCUGCCCAGCCAUCAUCCCAAGUGUUUCAGGUAGGAGGAAGCACAUCCUAGCACUCUCCAGGGACCCUAUUAAAUUGGUGUUCUCAUGGUGCCUCUUGGAGCAUGCCUGGGAAGCUUGCAUGUGCUACUGUUUUUCAGCUAUCAGUGAAACCAGUACCAGCAACUCAGAGCUCUCAGAAAACACUUUUGGCAACAUGUACAAAUCUUUUCUGCACCCCCAGGGAAGCAGCAAAGGCUCCGUUGUUGGCCACAUGCAUCUGCAAGUGCUCGGUGCUAGAAGAGAAGCAUUCCCCCAGCACAGCACUUCCCAAACCCCCAGGUCUUAUGGCUCAUACACAAACCCUUCAUGGAGCCCCGAGGGGAGCCCAUGUACAGCCCCAAGCAAACAGCAUGCUCACUGCGUGCUGGCAUGGGGUAUCCCUGGCACUGAGUCCAUUGCACGUCUGCUCGUGUUGUGUCAAAAGGAUGGCACAGUAACUGCAGGGGCUGCACUGUAGGGAGGAAAAUGCUGUAAGUUCAUGGCUGAAAUUAAGCUCUUCAACAGCAGCUGGGAUGAAUAAACAACAGCUGAGGUGAAUAAACACAUCCCAUGGGCUCUGCCCUCUGUCAGAGGGUAUAGCCACUGUUACAUCCUAUCCCUCCUCACCUCAUAUGUCAAUCUGCAACCUCUCAGACCCCAAAACCAGCUGUGCACACAAGUGGAACAUACAGGCCCACCAAACAGGGACACAUAUCCCUUGUCUCCAGCUCCUCCAAGCACUGUGGGGUGCAGUGAAGCUGAACACCCUGCCUUCCUGCAAACGGAGGUGAUUGUGGCAGGAGGGUUUGUGCUUUGAGUGCCAGAUGAAGGCAUGCUGUGCACUUAGGAAAUGUUCUUUGGUCUGUAGGGUUUGCCCUUUGCCCUUGGCAGCAUUAUAUAUGAACUUAAUUGCUUUUAGCCACAUCAGACUGAGCUACCCAUGUGGCCUCUAAGCCAUUACUGUCUCCCCUGAGUGCCAAUUCUAACAUAUAAUCCUAUCCAUAGCGUGUGCACAACAAGCACCUGGAAGUGAUGCCUCAGAGACACGGGCUGUUCUACAGCAACUGUGUCCAGGGUGUAUUUGCAGACUGCUAGUGAUUCCUGGCCAGAGGGAUCAGGUCAGGAGCAUCCCAUAAAGUUUUAGCAGGGGGUUGUUUGAGUGUCUACUUCCAUUACCAUCAUAGAUGUGCAACCUGUUACAGUGUUUUUCUCUAGAAACACAGCACCUGUUUGGUUUAGGAGGUGAGGACAUGGGCAGGGUUGUACAGGACCUAUUUUGAUCUAGGGAAGGAGAAGAGGGUCCGUCCUCCAAGAGCUGACAAACCUGAGCUGCUCCAUGUGCAGAAGCAGGGCCGUGCCGGGUAAGAUGUGUGUGGAAAGGGGUCAUGCUUGGUCUGCUCUGCAAUGCUGUUACCCUGAAUAAACAUUACAUUGGAUUUGGAGAGCUGCCCAGAUGAUCAUUAACCUCCUCCUGGCCCACGACAGGAAGCCAGCCUGCAGCAGGGAGCUAAAAUUAGGCCUGUAGGGCACUGGGUCUUGCCAGAUAUUGCUAUAUCUGGGCACAGUCCCCCUUCCAAAACCAGACAGCCAGAGGGUUCAGCCCCAGGCACCCAACAGGAGAAGCAGAACCAACUUUAAGGUGAACAAGAUAACAUGAGGCGAGCAGAGUUGUUUGCUUACAGCACAGCCAUGGCAAUUCCUGUGUGCAGACAGACACCUACAGAUGGAAAGGUGAGGUUCUAUGUACCUACCAGGGGAUUAUAGCAGGCUGGCAGCAAGAAGUCCGGUGUGUGCUGCAUGUUUUCUUGUCCAUCUGUCAGCACUCAGCAGCACUGUCUGCCUGGAAGCUGCUGCUGGGCUGGGCACUGCCCAGAGACCCACGGUUUUGGCAUGAGGUCCUCCACAAGGGAAGAGAGGGACAGAAAGGGAAGAGUGCUUUUGAAAAUACAACCUAAAAAGUACCAACAGUCAGAGCAAGCACCCCUGGAAGUCAUUUUAACAAGCGAAUGCUUUCACUGAUCCACCACCAGACUCCAUUCUCUAUAAAAGUGGCUCUUCCCACCCGGGACACGAAGGGUUAUGUGAGCUUCCUGGAAAAAUAAAUUAAUGACAGAAAGCAGUAAAACCCUCUUUCACACAGCAAUAAAGAUCUGAGCGAGGAUGACAAUGCAGGCACAAGGCACAGUUCAGCUUGCCGGCAUGGAGGGACACCAGAAGCAUCACCUCCCCACGCAGGGCGGGCUCCCCCCAUUGCAUCAGCUCUGGGAAAGCACACUUUGAUCCUCAGCACUAUUUACUGGAGGGAAAUGGGAGUCCUCCUUCCACACCAGCACUCUGUUUCCCCCCCCCCAGCCUGACGUCACCACACCUAUCCCAUAAUAAAGCUGUGAUUCAGGCUGAUUAUUUCGAGAGAAAACCUCAAGUAAAUACGCUCUCCCACAGAAACACACUUUCCUUAUUACAACUGUUCUACCUGAUUAGAGCUCUCAGUUCUCUCCAUCCCCUAAAAUCUCUCUCCUCUUCACCUCCCUCCAACUUUUUCCCCUCUAAUUGCUCUCCUCGGCUCUUUGAGGGAUCAACCGUGCUGUCACAGGCUGGGGCUGACAUUUCGUCCGCCCGUGCUGAUAUUUCAGAAGGCUGCUUUAAUGCACAGGUAACCAGCUGGGCUUAAGAGGUUGUUCACCAGGAAGAUCAUUUAUGCAUUUACUUAAACUCAGCAGAGAAUUUUGCUCAGUGGCCCACAGCAGUAUGAGAUAGGGUUGUCAUCUCAAUAGACCCUGGAAGCUAAGCAGCCUGAGAUGGAUGCAAAUGACUUCGGACUGCAGCUGAAUGGAAAGCAGAUUAUCCAUCUUUCACGAAGUCCUAAGAUCUGCCCUGCCUUGAAAACACUGUCACUUUAACCCAGAAUUUGCUCUGCCAUAGAGCAAAAGAGGCUCCUUAAAGAUGUUCAGGUGAACAGGCUUGAUUUGACUGCUUCCAGAUGGCAGUGCUGGCCUCAGUGCAACCAGUGCAGGGGUGCAGGCACCACAGCUUCGAACUAUGGCACCCAUCAGACACACACGAUGCCCACAGUUUGCAGUUAAACUGGCCCACAGUCAGGUAUUGCAAUGGAAAACCUCCAAGAAGCACCACUGCUUUUCAGCCAAAGGUCUGAUUUUGCAGAAAGUGCAUUUUUUACCAGAAAUCCAUUUUGCUGACGAACUCCCCACACAAUCAGCUGCAGAGUCAGCUGUCUCCUAUGGAAGCCCAUGCCAGGCAGCAGCGGGGGCCGUGCCCAAGGCAAGUCACAGCAGGAGCUGGGGGUGACCCAGCGGAGGGGUUUCCCUCCCUGUAUAGACACAAAGUGUGGGAUUUCCGUUUGUUUUCCCCAGCCUACCCCCAAAAAGCGCUCCCUUCCCCAUCCUUUCCACCUGGCUAUUUGCUAUCUAGUCCAUGACCUCACCAGGUCUCAUUAAACAUUGUCCUGUAUGUGAUGUUGGCUACCUCUUUCUCAGCCCACUUUACCUCUUUUCUUUAUUCCGUCUUCAUCUUUCUUCAAACCCCAGUGGAAAAAAAAAUCUCUUUCUUCUCCCUUGUCUAUUUUUCUUAAAUAAUAAAUACUAGCAGAAGAGAGUACAAUUGACUGGAGAGCUCUAUUAUCUAACUCUGCGAGGUGUCUGGGAAUAAGGUUGGGAUGCACAAUGUGCUGCCUAAACCCUAUCUGUGGAGACAAUAUUAGUCCCGGGGCCUCUGGAUGGAAGACGAACUUGGGUUUUACAGGCCUGGACAUCUUUAUUAUUCAGCACGGUGAUGCUAACCACCAUCGCCCGGCAGGAGGCAUGUAGCAAACGCCAGGAAUACGAAUGAGCAGAGAAACCUGCCUGGAAGCCUUCACUCCGCACCUGACGCACACAGAAUGGACGUCAAGCCAUUUAGGGGAGCCUUCAUCACUAAUAAAUGUUUUCUCCACCAUCCUAGAGCUGUCUCCUUGGAUUAUUUUACACAUAAUGAAGAGCCAAGGUUCAUUUUAACAUUUGGUGCCUGUUAGCCAAAUUUUCCCUCCCCACCUCUUUGGGUGAUUAAACAUUUAUCGUUUGUAAUGUAUCGCUCCCAUUUCGCUAUGUCUCUCUUUGUAGCAGGGCUCCUUCAUUUACUGAGAAAAUGACCUGAGCGACUGUGAAAGAAGAUCUAAGAGGCGCUGAAACGUGGCCAGAUGGAGAUGGAACAGCUGGGGAGAAUGAAGUUAUGGAGAUGCAGAGUUGCCAAGGAGGGGAGCACGGUGGUGUGGAUGUGUGCACACGCACGCACACGCACGCAUGUUGAUCUGGCUCUUCGCCUUCCCUCAGUGAACUGAGGAACCAAGCAAGGACAGCCAGCCCCACAGAGGCACGUGGAGAUGGGGACCAGCAUCAUGAUGGGCAGCAGAAAGAAAACAAGGAGAUGUACUAUAGAAAGUGAGAGGAAGGCUUGUCUCUGAGCCAAAGAUACUCCUUGGCACGGGCGUCCAAAUUCAUGACUCCCUCCCCGAGAUGCCAGAGACCUGGUGAUGCAGGACCAGCCUCAGCCACCCAGGCCUUGAGAGCAGCCCCUGGCCGGUGGCUGCCGAGCCCCUUGGGCACCGAGGUCCACAUUCACCACGGACACUUCCCCCCGCAGCUCCAAGCCAUGAGGAGAAGAGAGAGACAAAUGAAGUUGCCGAAGGAGCUCUAACCCACGUCUUCCCGGCCCCUGCCUCUCCCCCUGCUUCCAGCAGACCAGGAACCCCUUCUCCAUGCCACCCUUCCAGAUGGCAGGUCGCCGGUGGGCUGCGACGUCAGCCUUCUGCAUGUGCGUGGCAGCCGUCUCUCUCCUGCACACUGGCGGGGUGCGGGCAGACUGCUGGCUCAUCGAGGGGGACAAGGGUUUUGUCUGGCUGGCCAUCUGCAGCCAAAAUCAGCCCCCCUACGAGUCCAUCCCCCAGCAAAUCAACAGCACCAUCGUGGACUUGCGGCUGAACGACAACAAGAUCAAGAGCGUGCAGUACGCCUCGCUCAGCCGCUUUGGCAACCUGACAUACCUCAACCUGACGAAGAACGAGAUCUCCUACAUCGAGGACGGUGCCUUUUCAGGACAGUUCAACCUCCAGGUGCUGCAGCUGGGUUACAACCGCCUGAGGAACCUCACCGAGGGCAUCCUCCGGGGUCUGGGGAAGCUGGAGUACCUCUAUCUCCAGGCCAACCUCAUUGAGUCCGUCACCCCCAAUGCCUUCUGGGAGUGUCCCAACAUAGUGAACAUUGACCUGUCCAUGAACAGGAUCCAGAGACUUGACAGCAACACUUUUAGGGGCUUAAACAAGCUCUCUGUCUGUGAACUCUACAGCAACCCCUUCUACUGCUCCUGCGAGCUCCUUGGCUUCCUGCAAUGGCUGGAGGCCUUCACCAACAUGACACGCACGUACGAUCGGAUGCAGUGUGACUCCCCACCAGACUACACGGGCUACUACUUGUUAGGCCAAGGCCGGACUGGCUACCGCAAUGCUCUGAGCAUGCUCUCUUCCCUUUGCACCGGUGGUUCCUACACUGUGAUCCCUCGUUUUAUCCCUCCCCGGUACCAAGUGACCACAGUGCCCUCUGAAAGCCCGUGCUCCGAGGAGGAGUGCUCCUCUGGUGAUGGCACCACCCCACAGUUCUCCCUCUUCACGCCCAUCGGUGAGACGGAGGUGCGGCCGAACAUCCAAGUGAAGCACCUUAACCACAACUCGGCUGUCCUCACCGUACAGAUCCCCUACCCCUUCAGCAAGAUGUAUAUCCUCUCCCAGUUUGAAAACGGUUUCUCCUCCAUGAUCACCAAGCUCAGGAAGAAGGAGGAGAACAUCACCGUGAGCAACCUAGUAGCACAAAGAGAUUACACCUACUGUGUGGUCUCCGUCCACCAAUACUCCAAGUACAACCACACCUGUGUCACCAUCACGCCCACCAGACCCAACCGAAAGGAGCCGGUGCCCACUCCUUCCACUGCCACUCAUUACAUCAUGACAAUCCUGGGCUGUCUUUUUGGCAUGGUGAUCGUCCUGGGUGUUGUCUAUUAUUGUCUCCGAAAGAGACGCCAGCAGGAGGAGAAGCACAAAAAGGCUGCCAGCGGCAUGAAGAAGACCAUCAUUGAACUGAAGUAUGGGCCAGAAAUGGAGACCACCAGCAUCACCCAGUUGUCCCAGGGACAGAUGCUGGGUGGGGAGACCGUGACCCGCAUCCCCUACCUGCCUUCUGCUGGUGAGGUUGAGCAGUACAAGCUCAUUGACAGCAGUGAGACCCCCAAGGCCACCAAAGGCAACUACAUGGAGGUGAGGACAGGGGAGCAGCCAGAGAGGAGAGACUGCGAGCUGUCUCUGGCACCGGACACCCAGAGCUCCGUGGCUGAGAUCUCCACCAUUGCCAAGGAGGUGGACAAGGUGAACCAGAUCAUCAACAACUGCAUCGAUGCCUUGAAAUCUGAGUCCACCUCCUUCCAAGGGGUGAAAUCGGGGGCAGUCUCCACAGUGGAGCCUCAGCUGGUGCUCUUAUCAGAGCAGAUCCCCAGCAAGCACGGAUUCCUCUCCCCUGUCUACAAGGAAAGCUACAACCACCCCCUCCAGCGACACCACAGCAUGGAGGCAGCCCCCAAACGCUCCAGCACUUCUUCCAGUGGCUCCAUACGGAGCCCCAGGUCCUACCGCUCCGAGGGAUCGGGCCACAAAUCAGAAGCCAAAUACAUCGAGAAGACGUCCCCCACCACCGACACCAUCCUCACUGUGACACCGGCCGCGGCCAUCCUGCGGGCAGAGGCGGAGAAGAUCCGGCAGUACAGCGAACACCGGCACUCAUACCCUGGCUCGCACCAAGGGGAGCAGCACGACAGCAUGGCGGGGCGAAAGCCUUCCAUCCUGGAGCCUCUGACCCGGCCUCGCCCCAGAGACCUGGCCUAUUCCCAGCUCUCGCCGCAAUACCACAACCUGAGCUACACCUCCAGCCCAGAGUACACCUGCAAACCAUCGCACAGCAUCUGGGAACGCUUCAAACUCAACCGCAAGCGGCACAAAGACGAGGAGGAAUAUAUGGCAGCCGGCCAUGCCCUGCGCAAAAAGGUCCAGUUUGCCAAAGACGAGGAUCUUCACGACAUCUUAGACUACUGGAAGGGCGUCUCUGCCCAGCAAAAGUCCUGAGUCCUCACACAACUCGUGACUUAAAGUAACUGGACCAAAAGAAAUCCGCAGCAGCUAUUUUUAUUCAGACAGUCUUUGAAACAAACAAACAAAGAAAAAAAAAAAGAUCAUAAACAAAACAAUAAAGAUAGAGAACAAAUUAUGAAAAAUCUAUACAUAUUCUAUAUAAUAUAUAAAGCGAGAUAUUGAAACGUCCUCACAUUGGUGAGACACACACCAAAUCUGAACACAAACUUUACAAAACAAACUGUGGAGUGAAAAAAUAAAAAGUUUCGUUUCAUUCUGACUUUUUUUUUUAAAAAAAAAGGAAAAAAAAAAAAAGAAAAAAUCAAAUAUGAAAAGAAAGAGGAGCAGCGGGCAGAGAGCGGAGGUCUGGUGUUCCCCAGUACUGCAUUGCAUGAGUCCCUAUUCCGUGAUUUUGUGGAUUCUUUGUGAACAGUUUGUGUUCUUUCUUCCUACCCUUCCAAAAAUCAACAGCAACAAAAACAGCAACAAAAAACCAAAAAGAGACCAGAAGGAGAUCCAUCCUUUGGGCUGUUUUUGCAAACGGAGUCUUCCAGUUUAGACUUUCACCCAGUUGAAGGCCCGUUCACAUUUUCACUCACUGAGAGGUUUUACCACACAUUGCAUUGUAAACCGAAGUCGUUAAUUGUACAGAGAAAAUUUCUAUAUUUGCAAUGUUUGCUGUAUAAUGAGAAAGAGAGAGGAGAAAAAAAAAACAAUACUACAUCUACUAAAAAUAUAUAUAUAUAUAUCUCUA